AUGACGACUGCUAAGGGCGCAGACCUAGAAAGGGGCAUCUGGGCCGGGAUAAUCGUCGCCGCGGUGAUCCUUAUCUUGAGGGUCUUUGCGAAGAUCAAGAUCAAACGGUUCUACGUCGACGAUGUCUUGAUGAUCAUUGCAGAGAUUGUUCUUAUUGUGUCAACGGUAUACCUAACCCAGAGCAUAAAGCAUGGGUUUGGUACCGAUCUGCUCAAGCUGAAAAUUCGGGACCAACAGCUAGUCUUGAAGUAUAUCGCCUUUCAAACGUCCCUCGUGACAUUUAGCGCCGCCUUUGCCCGCUCGUCCUUUAUCAUAUACCUCCUCGGCGUCCUUAGUACCAACAAGACAUACAUAAUUAUAUUAUGGAUUCUUCUGUUUAUUCAGGCUGCGGGGAAUAUUGCUGCUGCGGUGCUACCGCUAACUAUCUGUCGCGAUGUCCGCGCACUAUGGAAUGUCGAGGUAGCUCUCUAUACCACCUGUGGUAACAUCGGGGACGUCAUCAGAUACGCCUAUUAUUCUAACUCAUUUAACUCCUUCACCGACCUAUUCCUAGCUAUCUUCCCGACUGUGGUGUUCUGGAACCUCCAGCUCAAGCUGGGCAUCAAGAUCAGUUUAAUUGGUCUAUUAAGUUUGGGAAUCAUCGCAAUGGUCGCCUCUAUCAUCAAGACAACAAAACUCGACCAGGUGCCCGCCCUCACCAAUAUGCGUGCCGCUCAAGGCCUUGAGCUGAUGCGUUGGGCUUACCUUGAGAAUGUGAUCAUUAUCAUCACGUCUUCCAUCCCCUGCAUCCGCCCCCUGAUCAUCUCCUCGGUGCGCAAGAUCUCGAGUGUCGCCCGCUCCUACGAACUCAGCGGACCCUCCAGCGGACCCUCCAGCGGCCGCCGAAGUGCAGGCAAUGACACAAGCCAGUCACGGCUGGGGCGGUUGCGGCGUCUCACCAAGUCUCACAACGCGGAGAAUGGCAGCGUGGACUACAUCCUCGAAGACAGCACGCAUACAAGCACCACAAUUGGAGGGCGCCCCGAUUCGCUUGAGCGAGAGCAUGCAGGCAUCACCAAGCAGGUCGAGAUUUCGGUGAUGGGUGACGACCCAGCGCGGUGGGUUUGA